AUUAAAUAAAUAAAAAAAAUUAAAAUAUAACUUUACAUUAAAAAAGCGAUUUUAUCUCUUCACUAUACAGACUGUUAGAAAGUGAAAUCAAAUUGGUCGACCUUCGAAAAAAUCGACGCCACAGUUGCACGAAGAACGAACGAUCAACCGCUGGCCGAAACCACCAACGUUCAAUCGACGACUUGCACGCUACUAUUCCGGAUGGAGUAUCAUUUAGAUGAGGAGUUGAGAUGGAUGGCGGGGAAAGCUACUUUGAACAGUAGCUUUGAGAGUUUUACUGCGGUGUUGUAGCUGCUUAAUGAUCAUCACGGAGAUAUGCUGCGACAGUUCUUAUUGUGGCCACUAUACCAAAUACGAGAAAUGCAGUACUCAGGACAGAUCAUCGAUGCACUUCUAUGUCGGCUUUUAAGGCCAGUCGACGGUGAUUCCCUCCACUUCGACCUCGGGGGUAAGGUCGUCAGUUUCUCGAUUUAUGAGUUUAGCUUGAUCACUGGACUGAGAAUUACGGACGUCAAUACAGCCAUUGAGAGAAGCAAUAGGCUGUACGAGACGUACUUCCAGGGACAUGGCUCUGUGCAUCUAUCUGAGUUGAUGGUCGCGAUCAGGGGGUGCGAUCAGAUGCUAGAUAGAUUGAAGCUUCGGCUGGUCUACAUCCUCGAGAGUGUGAUGAGGUGUCAUCACAAGAAGACUAUCAUCGACAUUUUUCAUUUGGAAGUUGUUGACGACAUUAAUGCGUUCAACAACUAUCCAUGGGGCCGGAGAUGCUACGAAGACAUCGUACAUGUCUUCACUAGAUUACACUCGAGGCCCAGGGAGUCAAUGCGUAAAUAUGAUACAUAUGGGUUGCUCUUAGCGGUGCAGGUAAAUGUUUAA